AUGGAUGAGGAGGACAGAGAAAAAGAGCAGAGGGAUGCAUCUGGUACAUCAGAAAAUAAAGAGAAGGAACAUGUCAAAGCCCUCUUCGCAAAACUACGCACCCUGCUGCAGACUCAUGGCUAUCCCUUUUCUGUCUUUUCUUCCUUUUUGCAAAAAGACAAAGACAGUCCAGAAAGCUCUAGAGAGCAAUCUAAUUGGGUUCCAUCAUUCCACACCUAUGAAGACUUCAACCAUAUGACGCUACAAUCAUUAGAUGGAUUUAUGAUAAUACUGAGCACAGAUGGAGUGAUAACUUUCGUGGAUGGAAAUAUCUCUUCUCUCCUUGGCUAUUUUUCAGAUGAGAUCACGGGUAAAACAUUAUUAAGUCUUCUGCCUGAUCAAGAGAAAGAUGAAGUCUAUGAAAAGAUUGCUCUGAAAUUUCCUUUGUCAUGCUCAGGAAAACAUAUUGAGUUUUGCUGUCAUUUAAAAAGAGGAAAUGUUAAACAUGGUAGCAACCCUACUUAUGAAUACGUGAAAUUCAUUCUGAGUAUAAGAGACGUUUCUAGUGAGCUUUUGGUGCUCUUCAGUAGCUUCUUCUCCAGACGCUCCUACGAUGAGUCAUACGCUGUGAAUCUUCCUUUGAAGGAUCGGUUUUAUCUGGUGGGGACUGUUUGUAUCCUCAGGCCUCAGACCCUACAGGAACUUUUCACUGCAAAGGAAGCUGCUGAGGACAUUCCAGCAAUAGAAGAUUCGGAUGAGGAACACCUGUCUAUGGAGCACAGAAGUUUUCAAGGCCAAAGAAUAAGUUCUAGAAUGCAAUUCCUGCAUGAUGAACCUGAUGCUGCUGCCUCAGACGAUAAAGUUAAUAUUUUACAGGUCAAGCAGUAUGGAUCACAAGAAUCUGUUCCUGUAAUUCAGAUAGAGUCUGAUACAUCUUUUGACUCCAGCAUAUCUUCCCCAGAAACUAUACCUGACUCUCCAGCUACAUCAUCUUUGCAAAGCUUUGAAUCUGAACAUAAAGUGGAAAACGUGGAUGAGGUGGAAGAGGUAGAAGAGGUGGACCAGAUGGAUGAGAUGGAAGAGGUGGAGCAAGUGGAGGAGGUGGAGCAAAUAGAGCAGUUGGAGCAGGAGGCCCAGGUGGAGGAGGUGGAGCAGGAGGCCCAGGUGGAGGAGGUGGAGCAGGAGGCCCAGGUGGAGCAGGUGGACCAGAAGAACCUCUUGUCCUCCAGUUUGGCUGCUGACAUCAGUGAUCAGCCAUUACCAUCACUAUCAUCAAUUGCAUCAUACCUCGACAAACGUGAGCUGGAACUGAUGAAGAAGUUCAAAGAGCAGCUGGAAGAGAAGACUCAGAUGCUGCAUGCUGACAUCAGAAACCAGCAGAAGGCACUGGAAAUGAUUAGGGAGCAGCUUCAGAUGCAACCAAACACCUCACUCUACAUUGAAAAUCCUGAGCCCCAGUCUUUGGAGCCAGUGCCCAAGAAACGACGCACUGAGCAAAUGAAGUCCCUCCCAGAUCUCAAGGAGGCCAAACAUUUCUGUGGUUCAUAUUCGUCUCACUCUUUCAAAUUCCCUGAGGAGCUUGAGGAGCCUUAUGAUGCCUCCACCCAGCAGCACCUGCAGGAGCAGGAACAAUACCUGCAGCAACAGAUGCAGCAGGAGGAGCUGCUGCAGGAACAGCCACAGCAGCAUAAUGUCGUUUUGGGAGAUGAAACACUGCAAAUAGGCCUGCCAAACCAAAGCAGCGUUUCUCUGCCCCUCUAUAAUGACCCCGUGAUGUUCACGCAGAGCCAGCCUGUCGUUCCUGUCCAAUUAGGAGAUGAGCAACAGCCCUCUGAGUACUAUCAGGACGAAAACCUUGGGGGCCAGGAAGAUGAGAGUUGUAGCUUUCUUCCUGAGGACCUGCGGGGGUCCUCCAUGAAUCUGCUGUCCAUGGCACAUAGCCCAAGCUUGAUUUCCUCUACCAGUUUUCCUGAGUGUCUCAUUGGUUCUGAUUCAAACUUAGUCCCCCUGGACACCUCGCAGGAGUACGUCCAUCUUUGGCAACAGCCACCAGAUCCACAGCAUGACCUUUACCUCCAAGAGGAUACUUGGUCUUCCAGUGAGCAGGCCAUCCUACAAGACCAAGCUGCCUGGCCCCAGCAGGCACAAGCCCCUGAGGCAGGAGCCCAGGUACCUCCAAGUCCAGAGGCUUUCCAGGCCCCUGCUGAAUAUCCACCAGACCAAAUCAGCUAUUUCGUGCCUGCAGAGCAGUCCAGCUUGGAUGAACAGCAGCACCAGCAGUACUUUCAUACCGAGUCUUGA